AAGAGGCGGCUGAGGUCGGCCCGCGGCUCAGGGCUCUGCAGGGCCGGAGAGAGGUCUCCCCGGCCCGUGCCACAACAAGAGCAGCCUCCAGCAGCCGCUUCGUGCAGUAAAAGUAACCCCGAGGGUGAGACGUCGGCAACGCGGCCUCUCCGGGCUUGUGCGCUGCAGCCCCACAGCCCGCUUGCCAAGGAGAAACCUGGGGUGCGGGUGGGGGUGGAGUCUGAAGUGUUUCCUUUCUCUGGGCUUCUCCCCUCGUGAAUCCGAAAGGAACACGACGCCACUACCCCCGAGUUUGAGCUCUGCCCCGUUCGGUUUGACCACUCCCUUGCCGCCGCUACAGAAAUAGGUCCUGUGAUUUACCUGUUUGAGGAAGGGCGGCUAUUUCUAGGCUGCUCCUCCAGUCAGUGGCAGAGUGAGGAGAGCUAUCGGAUAGACUUGCUGCCUUCACCUUGCUCCCAGGAGACUUAUUCCCCUCCCCACUUAAACUUUUGCCCUGACUUGCUUAAGUGGAGGGGUCAUAUGAAAAGCCGUAUCUAUCCCUUGCCUCAAAGCUUUGGUGAUGUCUCACCUCAUUACGAAUAAGCCGGAAGUUCCUGUGUAUGCUGGCCCUCAAAGUAGGAAACUAAGGGCCCCCGAAUAUUCUUAAAGGUAUGAAACACCAAAGAGAGUGCUGAAAAUGGAUUUAUUGUCAUCUACCUUCAGUUCUCCUAAUGAUCCAGAUGGACAGAAUGAUAUCUUUUGGGAUCAAAAUUCUCCAAUGACAAAACAGUUAGGUAAAGGAAGAAGAAAACAGAUUUACACUACUGAUAGUGAUGAAAUCUCACAUAUUGUUAAUCGUAUUGCUCCUCAGGAUGAAAAACCAACAACAAACUCCAUGCUAGGCAUGUGGAUUGGUGCUUCUGCUAUUCCUUGUACUCCUAGUGUAGCAAAAGGCAAAUCAAGAGCAAAAAUCAGCUGCACAAAGUUGAAAACACAAAAUCAAGAGGAAGAACUUAUGAAAUUGGCUAAGCAAUUUGAUAAAAAUAUGGAAGAGCUAGAUGUGAUUCAAGAGCAAAAGAAGAGAAAUCAUGAUUUUAUCCAGACAAUUUCAGAAGCAGAGACUUUCAGUAAUUAUAAAGAUAAUGUACAGAUGCAGUUAUUACAUGAUAUAGUUCCAGAAAUAGAUAAUGCUAUAAUGAAGAACCCAAUGGAAGAAAACACCAAAAUGUCUGUGAUAAAUGAUCAAAAUAGCAGUCAGAAGCCAUUUGACCAAAAUGCUGAAGCAGCCUUUAAUGCCAUUUUUGAUGGCUCUACUCAGAAAUGUAGUGGACAGUUCAGCCAAGAUCUGUCAGAUGCUUUUUUGAACACAAGUAAUACUACCUUUGGAAAGAAAAGUGCUUUGAAAAAGGAGAAAAUCAUUACUAAUGAAACUCUGGUCACUGAAAAACUGCCAGAUAAAACCCCAGGAUCACUUUCUUGUCAAGUAGAUACUCUUGGAAUGACAAAUCCAUGUGUGACUUCUUACACUGAGAAGCCAGAAGCUUUUAAUAAACACCUUGAUGCAUUUCCUACCAGUGAUUUUGAGGAUGAUUGGGAAAACUUACUAAAUAAUGAACCUUUUGUUAUGCAAAAUGUCAAAAUGUAUGAACUUUCCCCAGCUCCUAAAACAGCCCAGAUUGCUGAUCAAAAGAGUAUUUAUAACUUUAACAAUAAGUGUGAUAAACAUAAGUCAAGAAUGAAUACAAGCCUAGGUGCCAGGUUAAGGGAUUCAAAAAUUGUACAAGAUCUCCCUUCAAAGACACAUAACAAGGAAUUAAUAGAUUCUGGAAAAUACAGUUUUUCACUAAAUCCAAAUGAUGAACCAAACAAAUUGCCAUCCAGUGGAUAUAUAAUGAAACUUGAGAAAUCUUUCAAUAAAAUUGUUCAAGACUGUUCAGUUGCAUCUAAUCUGACAAAAGUAAAAGAAGAUAUGCAUACUAAAUUUACUUCUAAUGUAAAUACUUUUGAAAAGUCUACUUUGAACACAGGAUAUUCUAAUGAACAAGAAAAUAAGUCCAUUUUUAAUCAGUCUUUUAAAGCACCUGCUAAUAUAAAUCCUUUUGGCUCUGCAACUUUGGGCAAUGAAACCAGUGUUUAUAAUACAAAUCAGACUAAUGCAUCAAAGUUAGGUUCUUUCUUUGAUGACUGGAAUGAUCCAUCAUUUGCCAAUGAAAUUGUUAAAGCAUGCCAUCAAUUAGAGAAUACCUGGGAAGCAGAUGAUGUAGAUGAUGAUUUAUUAUACCAAGCAUGUGAUGAUAUUGAAAGACUAACUCAGCAACAAGACAUUAGAAAGGGCAGCAAGAUACCAGAAAGUACACUUGAGAUCAAUAAUAGUUCCAAACAUGGAGCCAAAAACAUAUUUACUACAUCUAAACAAGAAAGUCAGUUGGUGCAAUCAAAACAUUUGAAUCUCAGCAGCAUUUCAGGGCACACAUCUUUCACAAAUAGCUCACAAUUAAAUAAACCAGUGAAGAUGGAUAAACGGGAAAUCUGUGGAAAUUCUCCAAGUUUUUUAGGUGCUACAACAAAUUUGACAAUAUACUCCAAGAACUCAAAUUGUCAUAUCAAUAAUCUGCAUUUCUCCUGGAAUAACACUGAUGUUCCAAUACAAGUGAAAAGUCCACAGUCAGUUCUUACGGGAAGUUCAAGUUUGAAUGUGAGUUCAGAUUAUAGGAAUACAGAAACUGCUACUUAUAAGAAGAAAUUAAGUACUCAGCAUCUGUCCCAUAGGAGCACAAGAGAUGGAGAUCAAAGUGGCCUUAACAGAACAGUUGGAUUUCCUAAGUAUACAUUUACAAAGAUGAAAAAUUCUCAAAUUCUUUCCCAGUUUAAUCAAAAUUGUCUACCAGGAAGUAUUUCUGAUACCAAAAUUACACAGGGUUUGGAGAAAAAUAAAACUCCUGUCCACUCGUUUUGUGGGAGGGCUAUUCAACAACAGUGUUUGGUGAAACGUUCUGAAUCUUUGAAACAACCUUCAAAAGAGGAAGAAGAGAAAAAUAAAAAAUAUUCUCCUGAAGAAAUUCAAAGAAAAAGACAAGAAGCACUGGUUCGAAGAAUGGCCAAAGCACAGGCAUCAUCUGUAAAGGCAGCUCCCACUUAACUUGAUUUCUUUUAUGAAAUAUUAUUUGGAAGACCUAACAAAGACAGUUAAUAACUAUCUAUGAUAGGGAAUAUUCUUUCUUGAUUUCUCUGUGAGAAAUUUAAUGCUGAGUUAUAAAGCAUGGACUUCUAUUUUAUUUAAUAAAUCAGUGUUUGCAGUGGUUAAUGAAACCUUUCCUUGAAGAGGUAUGUGAAAGUAAUUGCAUAUACAUUUUAGAAAUUCAGGAAAGUUAGUAAUUAUGGUAUAAAAUUAUACCGAAUAAAGGAGUUAUUUUUUCAAAUAUUGUGGAUCAUCCAAAAAUAGGUAAUUUGCUAAUUUUUUUAUUGUAAUAACUUCCUAAUACAAAGCUUCAUCUUACUAAGAAAUGAGACUUUAAAAAAAUUUUUUUUAAUGUUUAUUUUUGAGAGACAGAGUGCGAGCAGGAGAGGGGCAGAGAGAGAGGGAGAUAACAGUCUGAAGCAAGCUCCAGGCUCUGAGCUGUCAGCACAGAGCCUACUGUGGGGCUUGAACUCCCAAAUUGCAAGAUCAUUACCUGAGCCAAAGUCGAAUAUUUAACCAACUGAGCCACCUAGGCUCUAGAGACUUUUUUUUUUUUAGUCUUACUUUCAGUAACUGUUUCUUAAAGGUUUUAUAGAUUUCUGAAUCUUAAAAAUACUUCCAUUUUCUUAGAAACGUGAUUGGUGGGAAAUAAAGGACUUCGAUUUAUUUGUAAGGAAAUUGCUAUUUUCAAUUCCUAGUCUGAAAUAGAUUUUAAUUUUAAUUUUCUAAAACAUGAUGCAUUUUGGAAAGCUUCCACUAAUUUUAGGGAAAAUGCUGAUUUAAGAAGUUUAGAAAAAAAGAAAGUAGACUGGCUAAGUUAUAUAGCAAUAUUAACAUUAGAAUUGUCAGAAACUUUAGAUGUCAUCUGGUCCAGCUUCUUUAUUGUAUGGGUGAGAAAUGGAUACUGUUCUGAAAGUCACAAGGCAAGUUAAAGCUGUUCUGUGAUUAGAAUGAUUGCUAUCAUUCUAAUGAAUACCUAGACAAUUAUGCCAAUUGCUACAGAGUAUUAAUCAGUAUUUAAAAUAACUUGUUUGUAGGAGCAUUAAUUAUUUCAUAGUAUAAAACUAAAAAAAUAGUAACAAAAAGUACAUUAAGGUCUGUUUAAUAAUCUCAUUGUUUCUUGUAUUAAAGAAUUUUAUCAUUCCAUGAUAUAAAAAUGAGAAUCUUUCUCUUUUCAGUUUUCCUACAACUAUUAAAUUUUCCUUUGAUUAAAUUUUCUGACUUUUACCAAUUUGUUUUUCUCUAUUACUCUGUUGUUUCUAUUUGCCUGUCUAAAAUUCUCUAAACUAGAAUUGAAAAUCUCAGCGGAAGUCAUAAGGGCAGUAAGAAUGCUUUAUGUAUCCUAAAUGGCUUUAGGAGACCUGAUGAAAGUUAUAGAUGUGAAACACUUAUUAGUAUGUUCACCACUACUCUGGUGUCUUAGAGCUAUAUGAUACUAUCAAUAUAAUUAAUGCAUUUUAAGGUAUUGCUAUAUAGAGAUAUACCACUUCAAAAAUUGUAUAUUCAUGUAUAUAGUGAAAUAACAUAUUCUAGGUAACCUUUAUUAUUUGUCCAAAAAUAUAUAAUAAAGACCCUAAAUAAAUAUAGGUAAAUUUUCUAUGUAAGAAAUGAUGAACUGAGAUUUCUUUAUUUUUUCUAAAGUGGCUUCACUGUGUUCUUACUAUGCUUUGGAUAUCUCUUCCUUUGUUUAAGUUCUUCCCUUCCUGCCUUUGCUUCCUCUAUAGCCCAUGCCUUUAGCCAAUUCUGUCCCUUCUUUAAGACUCAGCCUAAUAAAUCUCAGUUUCUUUGAAACUCA